CAGCUCCGAGCAACAUGGCCGCCAGUUCGUUUGUGUCAGAAUUGAAGUUCAGCGAGAGAGGGCAGUAAAUACAGAAAAUUUUAUGUGUCAGAAGCUGCUGUCCGCUCCAGCAGCUGCCGGGAAUCCGAACCGAACAUCGUUGGGCGCGUUGCUCCGGUCGCGGCCCGGUGGCCUUUCGUGAAUCGUAAAAAAAAGACCAUCUUCGGAAGUUCGAUCUUUUUUCCGCCGCGCCGUGAGUGACAACAGUGCAAAACACACGAAUACAUAAUCGUCCGUCAGUGACUGGCAGCGCGGCCAUGUUUGAGUACGGUUUUUGAAGUAGCGGAACGACGUUUUUCCGCAGUUCGCCUCGAAAGUGACACAAUUUUGACAUCUGCAGAAAUCCAAAACGUCGUCGAAACCCCCGACGGCCAAACAAAGGAGCCCAUAUUUUGACGGCCUGCUUGGAUUAGCCCCGCGGCCUGGGCAUUUGGUGGCCAAAUUCGGCCAUUCGGAAGUGCGUUGGUUAUUUUUCUUUUCCUGCCCUGCCAAAUUUACGGAACUCUACGCAACUGUACUGCUUGGCUAUGAGCUAUAUCGGGGCUGGGCGGAAUUAAAAGGAGGAGCAGCGUAACAUUCACCAGCGCAAUUUUGGCGCAGGAUUAAUAUGAAGAAAAUAGUGCAACCCGUACGAAAGGUUUACGGUACCACUACGACAGCGACCAUUCAACAUCAUCAACAGCAGCAGCAACAGCACCAUCAACAACAACAACAGCAACAAACCACAAUGCAGAUGAACGCAGUGCGUAAAAUCAACAGCCUUCUGCAAAGCGGUGCCGUCAGCGUAACGGGAAUUCCCGGCAAUCAACCGAGGAUGAUCCAGAAGAAGCCCAUCAAUAAUCAGACGAGCGUAUCGAUCACGACAACAAACAGCUACGUUUCGAAGCAGCAGAAAUGCUACGUUUGUGGAGAUAAUGCCGGAAUCAACGCCACACUGUUGACCGAAGCAUCAACCACCACCUCCCAAACCGAAUUUACGUCAAAGAUUGCGAAAAUUGUGGGCGAGGGCUAUAUGGUCAUCAUCGGAACAGACGAUGUCGUAUGCAGGAGGUGUAUCACUCUGUUCAAUCAGAUGGACAAACUCGAAACAGAUCUGGAGCACGUACGGCAUACGCUAACGAACUAUAUCCACAGAAAGUAUAACAUCCUGGACGAUGAUCCUGGAAUAACGCCACCGCCAGCCAAGAUUCAGAAACUUGGAAACACAAGUACAACUUUGUCCCAGUACAGUAUAAAGUCAAUGAAUGACUCCGGACAGGACGUGAGUGAGCUGUCACGGAAAACGAACACAUCCGGUAUGACGGAUAUUAACAACAGCUCGUUGGAUAUUGAAAAUCAACUGACCAACAUGUUUGAAAAGCCACAGCAACAGAUUGUAACACAACAGUUGCAACCUCACCAGCAGCAUAUGCAGACGAUAAACAAUGGAGCCAAUAUAGUCAGUAGUACGGCUCAACCGGUGCAGACGACCACGAUCCGACGAAAUCCGAUCAAAAUGUACAAGUGCAUGUCCUGCGAUUUCAAGACGCAGGAUCUUACUCAAUUCCAGCCUCACUACGAACAGUGCAAAGCCAACACUAGCCAGCAGCUAGCGACACCAACUGCAACUGCAACAACCACCACUUCAUCAGCGUAUCGAUGCAAACUGUGCAAGAAGAUCUUUGCUUCCGUUGCUCUUCUGAAGCAGCACAAUGCACAGGAACAUCAGCAUCCUGCUCAACAACAUUCGACCGAAAUCAAAAUAAUAGACCAACAAGGUCCCGGAACGACGAUUACUCAACUGUAUGCCUGCAACAUGUGCACAUACAAAACCCCCGACAAACAGAACUAUGAUGAUCACCUUCGGAAGCACAUCAAACUAAAGCCAUUCAAAUGUCGCGUCUGCUUGAUGCGAUUCGAAACGCGUGAACAAGCCUCCAUACAUGCGAAGAAUCAUCAACCGGACUACUUCAAGUGUGGCAUAUGUAACGUUACGUUUAAUAAGCGUGAACUUCUGAUGAAACAUUUAGAAACGCACGAAAACGUUAAGAAGCAUCCGACGGUUCAGAAACACACGACGAUCGCAACGGUGCCUCAGCAUCAACCUCAGCAGCAGGUGCAACAACAACAGCAAAUAAUACACCAGCAGCCUCCACAGCCGCAGAUCCACAUCAAGAGUGAAGUUCCGGUCGUCAACCAGGUAGCGGACUCGUCAACGCAGAAACUGUUGCAGGCCACGAUAGAUGAAGCGCUUCGAGACACCAUAGGGGAAACGAUCGAUGCCAAAUCGAUUCAAUUCCACUCGUGUAAUACCUGCUCCCUGACAUUCCUCAACGAGAAGCUUUACAGUCAACACAUGAAGAUGCACACUGGUCCGGGUGGCGGGGCCACUCAGGCACCGAUUACCAGUAGUCAGACGAUCGGCGGAACCAACGUUACAACCAGUAAAAAGAUGGUCAGUCAGCAUGCGGCUGCGCUCAACAAUGGUGGUGGUCAAGAGCUGCACGGCAAAUUGCUAGCGCCGGGCUCGACUUCGGCAUCCGGUGGGCUCACCACCAGCCAUAGCAACACGAUCUCCGAUGGCGACCUCGAAAGUAUAUUCGAGAAAAUUCACUCGGACAAGAACGACAUCAACACCGGCGAUAAUCUGGUCAUCACUAGCCAGGACAAUGCUAGCGGUAACAUCACGUACAGCAUAACGCUGGCGCAGCAGGGACAGGGCGGGGCGCCUGCUCCCGGGCAGACCACUUCGUACGUACAGCAGCAGUCGGCCGAUGGAAUCGACAGCAAGAUGGUGGUGCAGAACCAAUUGCAACAGCAAGCAUCCGUCGGUAUUGACAUGCCAACGCUCGAUCAAGGUGACGAUCAGCACCAUCAACAGCAGCAGCAACAGCAACAAGCGAAUCAAUCCCAGCCCAAGCAGGAGCAGAUGAAUAUGCCAGUUAGUAUGCCGAGUUUAGACGAUGAUGGUGACCAGUCGCAAAACAGUCAAAACUCCAAUGCUGAAGGUGUUCCCAUGGAGCUGGAAGGUAUGCAGGAUGCCGAUGGUCAGCAGAUUAAGUUUAUCCUGAACGAAAACGGUCAGCUGCUUCAGCUGGAUAACCACAUACUGACCACGGAUGCCGAAGGUAAUCAAAUUCUGGUCCAAGGCACGGAUAGUGAGCAAAUCCAGCAGCUGCUCCAAAGUGUGGGAGUUGUGAUGCAAGGAGGUGAAGGUUUGGGUGAUGGCGAAACCCUACAAAUGAUAAGUGGCGAUGGACAGACCGGGCAGAUGAUUCUAGUGCAGGGAGCUGACGGCCAGGAACAGUUGAUUGAUGCUUCUCUGUUGAACGCGGACGGAAAUAUCGUUAUCCAGCAAUCUCAAGAAGGUGAACUGAACGCCGAAGGAACGCAUAUAACUACCCAGGACGGGCUGCAAAUUCCAGUGUCAGUGGCGUUUGCAACCUCCGGCGAAGUGGACCAGGAAGGAAAUCUAACGGUAAUGGCCGGAGGCGAAGGCGGCGAUCAACAGAUACAGCUACACCUUCAACAACAUGCUGGCGAAGGCGACGAAGGACAGCAACAUAUCGAAGACGCCGAAGGACAGCAGGCCAUCCUAACUGAAAGUGGCCACAUAAUACUUCAAGCACAGGAUCAGGUUGGCGAGCAGCAUCAGAAGCAGCAGGAUGGUUCCGAUGAAAGCAGUCAACAUGCGACGGUCAGUGCAGGCGUGACGGGAAGUACCACCACUGGAAGUACAUCCACCGGGAAUGGAACCAGUGCAACAACAACGACCUCCAAUCCCCCCGAGCAAGAAUUGUUUAAUUUCGACGAACUCAUUCAACCGCAAGUGGUGAUCAAGCAACAGCCAGCUUAGAAGACGGUAGCUGCAGACGGUACCCUCCGUGCUGAACACGCUAAAGACAUUCGGACUUCGGUAUAACUCGCAGCGGUUAUCCGGAAACAAAGCCUAACAACAUCUUUCAAAGAUUAGUGUAAAGUUUAGUGUUAUACUAACGUUUGCUCUAUUGGAGAUUGCACUAAGCCUGCAGUCUAGUAAGUAUGCGUACGGUUCCAAGUUGUGUAAAAUUGUACAUACAAGGGAAGGUUCAUUCUAAUAAUGGAUCUGCAUAAACUGUAAAUAUUUAUAGCCUCCAGUUGCUGGAAAUGAAACCAAUUAAGAAUGAAUACUAAGUUAGUGAUAAAGUCCUCAUGAUUCGUUUAUUACAUUUCUAUUUUAACAAUCAAUAAUUGAUUUUGCGUUUGGUACCCAAUAUCCAUCAAGACAGAUCCUGAACGCGUUAGAAACGUUCUCCACUUAGUUUAAGCAGACAGUAUAAUUUUCGGUCUACGAAACACAAUUCUUUUUAUAUUCAGAAAUCUUAAUUUGAAAUAUUUUUCUUUUUAGCACACGCGAAAAACUGGACUAUAUAAUAAAUAACUAAUAAGUAAUACGUGUUAAGGCUCAUCAUUGGAAGUGCUGCACUUACUGCACCACUAAUGCUAUUUUAAAUAUUUGAUUUUGUUCUCAAACCUACACUAUAAUAUAUUCCCAUUAUUUCAAGAGAUGGAUCGAGAAAAAAAGAAUAAAAAAUGGAAGAUCUAGAAAUAAACGUUGAAUUGAAGUGGUAGAUUUGCAAAAUAUUUUCUACACGUCACAUA